UGGCCAUCCCGGCACUUGGUUUCGAGCCAUCGUCGCUAACGGUCGCGCGCAACGGAUCAAAAGUUUUAAGCCGCGAAGGACACUUGUCUCUUUUUCGUCUCGUUUUCCUUUAAACAUGUUCGACACAACCCACUGGAAGUUGGCGAUAAGUUUGGGCGUUAUCUUUUCGUUUUGUGUUACACAAGGCUACGGGGCGUAUACGCGCGAAAUUGUUAACGACAAGCUUCCGUUACAGGAAAGACCUCCAUGGCUGCAGACUUGCAAGCGAUCCAAUCCAAAUGAGGACAAGUGCUUCCGUGAACUCUUCGAGGGCUGCUUUCCGGCACUCGCGGCAGGGAUUCCCGAGAUCGGGGUAAAGAGCUUCGAGCCACUGAACAUCGACCAAGUGUCCGUGUCGAAGGGCAGUGGCAACCUGGUGCUGUCCGGAGGGUUCCAGAAUCUGGUCAUCCGCGGACCAUCCAAUGCAACUGUGCGGCGAGCCAGCUUGGACCUCGAGCGGCGCCAACUAAACUUCGAGCUGGAGAUUCCACGUCUGAAGAUCCGGGCCAAAUACAACCUGAAGGGAAACAUCCUGUUGCUGCCACUCGUCGGCAGCGGAGACGUGGCAAUGGCCUUGAAGAAUGUGCACACUACGGUGUACACCAGAAUCUCCAUGAGGAACGAGACCCGCACGGGCGAUGAGAUCAUCCACAUCGAUGAAAUGAAGGUGGGCUUCGACGUGGGCGCCAUGCGCAUUCACCUGAAGAAUCUGUUCAACGGAAACGAAAUCCUGGCGGCCUCGAUCAACUCGUUCCUCAAUCAGAACGGCAAGGAGGUCAUUGCCGAACUGCGUCCCGAUUUGGAGCUCGGGUUGGCCGACAUCUUUCACGGGCUGUGGAACAACGUCUUCUCCAAGAUGCCCACCAAACUUUGGCUGGUCUAGUGGUCCUCAUGGUGGACCUCA